AUGGAGAUCAUACGAGGUGGUAUGACAGUGGAACUCAUGCACCCUGACUUCAUGAACCCCAACGAUGCAGAGUCCUCUUCCAGGAAUGGAAAGGCCGCCCAGAUGAACAUUAACGGCCCUGAGUGCAUAAUUUUAUCUCUCAAACGAAUCAUAUCCCAUGUUCGGUACAUGGGCAAAAGACUUUACAUACUCCUUCAGGUUGCAGUGGACCAUGAGGAGAAGGGUUCAAGAGGGGGCGCGGAGGGGUGGGAAGACACGUCCAAGACAAAAGGAUGGUCUCCAAAGGUUGUCCUGGCUCAUCACCUUGUGGGACAUAUCGAGUCUUGGGCAGCUAAGAAUAACACCGAGACAUUGCCCGCUCGCCUCUUAGCCUUUCUUUUUCCAGGCCUCGACUACCCGCUUACAUCCAGCCAUGGCUUCUGCCACAACGAUUCCCUCCCCAGGCGUCUCCCGCCCAACGUCACCCCGGAGGCAUUCCAGGCAUUCAUCUCCCGCGCUCAGUCUAUCGUGGGCGCCGAGAAUGUCACCGUGGUUGACCCCCAAAACCCCCUGGAGGAUGGCACCUAUAUGGAUAACUGCAAGGCGCACGACAUGCACUCAGUGUACGAGCGAGACUACUUUGUGGCUUCCGCCGUCGUAGCACCCCGAGGCGUCUCCGAGGUCCAAGCGAUUGUCAAGCUCGCCGACGAGUUUAUCGUGCCCGUUUGGCCCUUCUCUGCUGGCAGAAACGUUGGGUAUGGCGGUACCGCACCUCGCGUGCCGGGAAGCGUGGGUAUCGAGUUGGGAAAGAACAUGAAUAAGGUCCUUGAGGUCAGCGUCGAGGGCGCUUAUGCGCUCGUUGAGCCUGGUGUGACCUACUUUAGUCUCUAUGAUUAUCUUGUGAAGACGGGACUGAGGGAGCAUCUGUGGAUUGAUGUGCCAGAUCUUGGUGGCGGUUCCAUUAUUGGUAACGCUGUUGAGCGCGGUGUGGGAUACACGCCAUAUGGUGAUCACUUCAUGAUGCAUUGUGGUAUGGAAGUCGUUCUCCCUAACGGCGAGCUUGUGAGGACAGGCAUGGGUGCUCUCCCAGAGCCUGGAAACGUCCCCGGCCUCGCACCUCAUGAGCAAAAGCCCAACAAGACCUGGCAACUGUUUAACUAUGGUUUUGGCCCCUACAAUGACGGUAUCUUUACCCAGAGCAACCUGGGAAUUGUGGUGAAGAUGGGCAUCUGGCUCAUGCCCAACCCCGGCGGGUAUCAGGCCUACAUGAUCACCUUUCCCCGUGACGACGACCUGUCUGCCAUCGUCGACAAGAUUCGUCCCCUCCGUCUGCAAAUGAUCCUCCAAAACACGCCUACACUCCGUCAUAUCCUGCUCGACGCUGCUGUAUACAAUCCCAAAUCACAUUAUACCGACAAGAACACCCCCCUAAGCGAGGCCGAGAUGGAUGAAAUUGCCGCCAAGCUCAAUCUCGGCCGAUGGAAUUUCUAUGGCGCCGUCUACGGGCCUGAGCCUAUACGCGCCGUCCUCCUCGAAGCCAUCAAGGCUGCCUUCCUUACCAUAUCCGGAUCCAAGUUCUACCUUCCCGAGGAUCGGACAGAGGAGAACAGCAUUCUGCGCAUACGAUCGGAUACCCUCCAGGGUAUACCCAGUCUCGACGAGCCGAGGUGGGUUGACUGGCUCCCGAACGGCGGGCACUUGUUUUUCUCGCCUAUUGCCAAGAUCAGCGGCGCGGAUGCGGCAUUGCAGUAUGAGGUUACGAAGAGGAGGUGUCAAGAGACCGGUUUCGACUUUAUCGGUACCUUUAUCGUUGGCAUGAGGGAUCUGCAUCACAUCGUCUGCAUCGUCUUCGACCGCGAAGAUCCCGAACAGCGUCUCCGUGCCCGGUGGCUCAUGCGCACAAUGAUCAAGGAUUGUGCCGCCCACGGCUGGGGCGAGUACCGCACGCACUUGGCGCUCAUGGACCAGAUCGCCAACACGUACAACUUCAACGACAACGCCCUGAUGAAGCUGAACGAGACCAUUAAGAACGCGCUCGAUCCCAACGGUAUCAUGGCCCCUGGCAAGAACGGUGUGUGGCCGGCUGGCUAUGACAAAGAGCAGUGGGUGCUGGGUGGAGAGGAGGAGUGGGCUCCUCCUGGGACACAGGCGGCGGCUGCGACGAAAGAUUAA